AUGACCCAAGGAAUGGAGUCUAUUCACCACCAUUUUGACUCCAAGUCUUGGGUUCUCGGUACAGAUUUGCUAGCGUCGAAAGCGAUAGCAACCGCUUAUGAGAUGGACCAACAACUGCACGUUAUUCAACCUCGAGCAGUCAUCAACAACUUGAAAUCGAAGAAGCUUUACAAUUUCUUCGUGCUGGCAGCCAAUGACCACGGAACGUCCUUGCCGUCUUCAAUCAUAACAAUCAACAUCACUAAAGAAGCUUUGUCGAAUGGAACGAUUUCCGGCGUCCCGUCAGCCCCGCAAGGAAUCUCGGUAACCAGCCGAAGUGCCGAUUACAUCACAGUUUCAUGGCAACAACCAGCACUCGUCCAUCCAACUGAUCGACUCACUUACACGACAUUCACCCUCGAAUGUGAAGUUGAUGCACAUCCCACUCCGAAGCUGAGUUUCAGCCGGGAUUCCAGCGCUAUGGAUAAAAUCACGAACAGCAGCAAAUACGAAGUUCGAAUUCUUCGUGAGAACCGCGAGCCCGACGCCAAUUACAUUAUGCAGCUGAUGGUCAGGAAUAUGAAUGUCUCCGACUCGGGCGUCUACUACUUUAACGCCCAAAAUAAUUUCGGCACUUUUGCGCAAGUCAUGAAACUACAAGCACGCCAGAAAGCAGUUCCGUCCGUCAUGAAUGUGGCCAAAUGCUGCGAAGAGCAAAACGUGACCUCCACCUGCAUGGACGCGUGCACUUUGUUUUUGGACAUUGAGAGCGUCAUUGAGGAAUGCAUCGAAGAUUUUCACAAACUCAUGCGAUGCGCAGCUGAUGGCUCUGAUCAUCGUGGUUGCUGUACCCAAUGGGGAGUACCUCGGCGUUGCUUGGACUGGUGCCGAGGCGAAGCCGUUUCCAGCAUUGAACUCUGCGCCCUCACUUACACGAAACCUAUCAUUUCGUGUUUCCACGAAGGCAAAGAGAGUAUCCCGGGACCACCGCGCAACGUACGGAUUCAACUUGAAAAAGAUAACUCAGUCAAAGUUUUAUGGGACUCACCGGCUAAGAAUCCUGACACUGUCGAAUUGUACAGGGUUUUCUGGCGACUUCAAGCCGUGAAAAAAACUGAGAAUGACACCCGAUUGACAUGGCUCAAUCUUGUCGGUCUCAAAGAAAACAUGCCGUACGAAUUAGUCGUCAAAGCUGGGAACCGUGACGGUACAAGUACUCUGACGGAGCCUCUCGUCUUUACCCUGAGUGACAAAUUUAUUAUUUCAACCAGCACCCAUUCUAAUAAUCCGUAAAUCGGAGUUCCUGUGGGCGUCGUCGUUGCACUUAUCCUUAUUGUUUGCGCUGUGGUCUGCGGCGUCUAUUGUUUACGCAAGAGAAACAUAAUCGGCAUCAAGCUGACAGGAGGCAUGCGAUUCGAUAAUGCCCCUUUCCGAGGAAACAGUCAGGCCUGCAACGAUACGUUGCAAAUCGUUCAAAAUGAAGUGGUAAAUGAUGCCAGUGAGGUGGCGACACCCAACGGGGGUUGGAGGCAAGAGGCUCUUGAAGUAGUUCCAGCCACAGAAGUGGGGCCCUCGCUUUACGAAGAAUUACGUUUGGGGACUGCCGGUGCGGGAUUCAAGAGGCUUAAAUAACAGCUGACAGGUAGAAGUAAGAUUGAAAUUGCGAUUCAAAUAGCGAUUAGAUGGAUCUUUGGAUUUCAUCGUAGUUGUAUUUGUUUAUUUAUAUCUUGACCUUUAACUAGUAAAUAACAACAUCAUCCGAAAAAUUUCCCAUCUUUGUCUAAUUACGAAAUAUACACUGUGUUUUUGUUAGUUUUUGCGUACUUCAAGUUCUGUAGUUGUUUUGUUUUUCUGCAUCUUUUUACUCUUAUUUCUGGCUGUUCUUGCUUGUUGUCGGUUAUUUGGUACUUGGCAUCAUUGGAAACGAAACGUUGGAAAUAGUCCGUAAAAUAGUACCUCUGCAUGUUAGUUGAUUGUACUGUAAAUAAAAAAGAUUUUUAGCGUCA